AAAUAGAGCUUCUGUUGAAGAGAAAAAGAAAAUCACCAUGGCAGAUAAGUACCAUGUUCGCUCAAUCAGUUUACCUUGUAGAUCACAUCCUAGCACCAUCAGAGUGGAGGAGGAGCUGAGCAAGCUAAAAACAUGGGAAGGAACAUUCACAUCCACCUCAGAGUCCAUUCAAACUGGGCUAUCCAUGCUUCAAGGUUUGUACCUUUCCUUGGAUGAUCUUCUCAACAUGCCAUCCACCCAACAAGUGAUUUCACAACACAAAGGUGACAAGUACGUGGAAGAGGUGUUGGAUGGUUCCAUGAGAAUCUUGGAUAUAUGUGGGAUCACAAGGGACAUAAUGCAGCAAAUUAGGGAAAAUGUCCAAGCCCUUCACUCUUCCCUUCGAAGAAGAAAAGGAGACUCGAGUGUCGAAACGAGUGUGGGUGAGUACAAGUUGUUCACCAAGAAGAUGAAGAAGAAUGCCAAUAAGGUGAUCACAUCGUUAAAGCAGAUGGAUAGCAGAUUUGGGGUGUCCCCACUUUUGGAUCAUGAUCACCACCUUGCUGCUGUUAUUAGAGUGCUUAGGGAAGUAAUUAUAAUGAACUUGUUAAUAUUUCAGUUUAUUUUGUCAUUCUUGACAGUGUUUUCAUCGAAUUCUAAGGCAAACAAAUGGCUGAUUGUGGCAAAAUUGAUGCACAAGAUCAAAGCAUGGGAAGGAAAUGAGAACGAGUUGCAGUGUGUUGAAGUAGCUUUGAGUACUCUUCUGAUUGAGGGCACUAAUGAUGAGAAGAUGCAGGUGGCGCAGGAAAAAUUGGAGACUUUGAAGAAUGCUAUUGAAAGAAUUGAGACUAGUUUGGAGAGUGUGUUUAGGCGCUUGAUUAAGACUAGAGCUUCUCUUCUCAACAUAAUCUCCCAGUAGAAUAUUUUCGAUAUACAUAUAAAUUUUUCAAUGCAUCCAAAUUUUAGGGAUAUUGAGGAAUGAAAAAUUUACCACAAUGAUUUCUACAUGUACACAAUUUAUAAGUUAUACAUAUUUUCAUCGCCUGUAUUACCACCCCUUGUGUGUGUAAUGUUUUCAAACAUCUAUAUAGAUAGAAAAGGAAGUUAUAUAA